GAUAAGUUUUGUAUCGACAAACAGCUGAUUGUGCUUGCUGCUGUUGCGGCCUACAGUGGGAAUCAACUUGUCCAAUUAACGUUGCGAGCACGGGACAACAAUAACAACAGCAGCAACAACAACAACAACGAAAAGACAACUACGAUAAGCGAAUAAUGUACAAGUUACUCCGUGGCGUUGCAUGCUGCCAGCAUGCCGCCGCCCACAGCGGAGUCAACAACAACCACACGGCCCUUAUAUUCGCAAGGACAACACAACAACUUGGCCGUCGUCUCCUCAGCACAGCCACAGCAACGGGCGCCGACGAACAAGUGCUAAGCAAACGCAAAUUUCAGCCGCAUCAUGCCAUCGAACCCAAUGAGAAACCGGCCACCCAGUUGCCCAGUCAGGCGCGUGUCGUGAUCUGUGGUGGGGGCAUCACGGGCGCCUCGGUGGCCUAUCACCUGGCGCUCCAUGGCUGGGGCGGCGAGACGGUGCUAAUCGAACAGGAUGGCGUGGGCGGUGAGUUGCCGUGGAGUGCAUGCGGUUUGGCCGGACGCUUUGAGCCCAGCUACACGGAACUGAAGCUGGCGGAGUACUCCAUCGAUCUGAUUAAGCAGCUGACGGCACGUGGUCUGCCCACGGGCUGGCGUCAGGUGGGCAGCUUGAAUUUGGCCCGCAACUUUGAUCGCAUGACAUCGUUUCAUCGCAUGAAAUCCCUAGCGGUGGCCUGGGGCAUGAACUGCGAGAUCCUGACACCGGAACAGUGUCAACAGCAUUGUCCGCUCAUCUCGCUGGAUGGCAUCGAGGGUGGCCUCUGGAUACCCGAGGAUGGUGUCUGUGAUCCGCAUCUGGUGUGUCAUGCCUUCAUCGCAGAGGCACAACGUCUCGGCGUUCGCAUUGUGGAGCAUUGUGCGGUAAAGAAGAUACACAGCGAGCACGGGAAGGUGGCACGUGUGGAGACCACAGCUGGCGAUGUGGAUUGCGAUUACUUUGUCAAUUGCACCGGUUUCUGGGCACGCGAGGUGGGCACACUGUCCAAGCCGGUGGUCAAGGUGCCGCUCAAGGCGGUGGAACAUCAUUAUUUGCACACGAAACCCAUCGAGAACCUCGAUCCGAAUACGCCGUUUGUUCGCGACUUCGAUGGGCGCAUCUUCUUCCGCGAGUGCGAGGGACACAUCCUAGCCGGCGGCUACGAGAGGGAGGCGAAGAUGGUCUAUGAGGAUGGCGUUAUACCGCUGUCGCAGGAGGCACGACAAUAUCCCCCUGACUGGGAUCAUUUUCACGAACUCCUUGAUGCCCUGUUACAGCGUGUUCCCUCGUUUCGGGACGCUUCCCUCGAUCGUCUGACCAACUCGCUGCAGGUCUUUUCACCCGACUGCAAAUGGAUAUUGGGCGAGGCGCCUGAGAUACAAAACUAUUAUGUCGCCGCUGGCAACAAGACGAUGGGUGUCUCCGCCUCGGGUGGCAUUGGACGGGUGCUCACCGAUCUGAUCACGAAGGGUUCCACGUAUUUGGAUCUGCACAUUUUGGAUAUUUCCCGGUUUUUGGGUUUGCACAAUAAUCGCAAGUUUUUGCGGGAUCGCUGCAAGGAGGCACCGGGCAAACACUUUGAGAUCAACUAUCCGUUUGAGGAGUUCCAGACGGGACGCAAUUUGCGCAUGUCGCCCAUCUAUCCGCAGCUGAAGGAGGCGGGCGCCGUCUUUGGCCAGUCGAUGGGCUACGAGCGACCCAAUUUCUUUGACCUCAACGACAAGCAGGAUGAAUUCGGAUUGCCGCGCUUCCGCAUUGCACAGACACGGACAUUUGGGAAGCCGCCGUGGUUCGAUCAUGUGGCCUCCGAGUAUCGAGCGUGUCGCGAACGCAUUGGCCUCGCCGACUACAGUUCGUUUACGAAAUACGACUUCUGGUCGAAGGGCAAUGAGGUUGUUGAACUGCUGCAGUAUCUCUGCUCAAACGAUGUGGACGUCGCUGUGGGUUCCAUCAUUCACACUGGGAUGCAGAAUCCAAAUGGUGGCUACGAGAACGAUUGCUCGCUGGCACGUCUCUCCGAGCAUCAUUAUAUGAUGAUUGCACCAACCAUACAGCAGACGCGUUCGAUGUGCUGGAUACGAAAACAUACGCCGCAGCAUUUGCGUGCCAAGGUGAAUGUGGCGGAUGUCACCUCGAUGUACACCGCCAUCUGCAUACUCGGACCCUAUUCGCGCAUCCUGCUCUCUGAGCUCACCGACACUGAUCUCACACCCAAGAGCUUCCCCUUCUUCACGUACAAGGAACUCGAUGUUGGCCUCGCCGAUGGCAUUCGAGUGCUGAACAUAACGCACACUGGAGAAUUGGGUUAUGUGCUCUAUAUACCCAACGAGUAUGCGUUGCAUGUGUAUUCUAGACUUCAUCAGGCGGGUCAAAAGUAUCAAAUACAGCAUGCAGGUUACUAUGCAACACGUGCGCUGCGAAUUGAAAAGUUUUAUGCGUUUUGGGGACAGGAUUUGGAUACGUUUACAACACCGCUGGAAUGUGGACGCAGUUGGCGAGUCAAGUUCAAUAAACCCAUUGACUUUAUUGGACGCAGUGCGUUGUUGAAGCAACGCGAAGAGGGCGUUAAACGAAUGUAUGUUCAAUUGCUGCUCAACGAUCACGAUCAUGAGGUCGAUAUGUGGUGCUGGGGAGGUGAGCCAAUCUAUCGGGAUGGCGUGUAUGUGGGGAUGACAACAACCACCGGCUAUGGGUAUACGUUUGAGAAGCAGGUCUGCUUGGGAUUUGUGCGCAAUUUUGAUGAGCAUGGCCACGAGCUGGCUGUGAGCAACGAGUACGUGCUGUCCGGGCACUAUGAGGUGGAGGUGGCCGGUGUGCGAUUCGAGGCGAAGGUCAAUCUGCAUUCACCCAACCUGCCAACCAAGUUCCCGGAUCGCGAACGCGAAGCCUAUCAUGCCACGCGCGACAAACCCGACCAGGCAGAUCUGCUCUCAUUCAGCAGCAGCAGCAGCGGCGGUGUUGACGAUGCAAAUCAAACUAUGACGCGACAUUAGUAAACUUUAAUGUUUAAAUGUAUUGUCGCGUUUGGUUUGUCUUCGAGUCUCAAUUUUGCAAUGCGAUAUUAGUAUCAUCCAUCUAACCAUCUAUCAUAUAGAGUCUCUAAAGAGUGAGAUGCACUUACCCCAUCACCAACACACAUCAUCAUAUAAUGAACGAGUUUUAUGCUCAGCUAUUGCUCAAUUCAUUAGCACUUGGUUUUUUUUUUUGUUCUUUUCUGUAUUUGUUUGUUUGUUUUCUAUAUAUUGCCGUGUCAAUUAAAAGAAGAAAAAAAAUUAUUAAUAUAUAUAUAUUUAAAUUAUUACAUAAAAGCAAAUAACUAAUUGGACUUUUGUGCUGCCAACGAUGAGGAAAAAAAAUUUAUUACAAAAA